AACCGCAAGCGAGCCGCUGAGUUGCCAACCGGGCGCCCCCGCCGCCCUCCCUUCCCAGCACCCUGCUUGGAGCCUCGUUCCCUCCCUGCCAGGAGGAGGAGGAGGAGGAGGAGGCGAGAGGAUCCUCCGUCCUUAGCCAUUCGUCGCCCUGUGCGCACCAGCGCAGCAUCCGAGCCGGGGACCCGCUAAGCAUCGGAGCGCCCCAGGCGGCAGCCGGGCGGAGCGCAGCGCAGCGCAGCGCAGCGCUCAAGCGGGGUCCCCCCCGUACUGGGCGGCCAGCAGCCGCCUCGCCUCGCCUCGCCUCUUUCCGAUGCACGGCUGGCUGGCUUGCUAGCUCGCUUGCGCGUCCGAAGCCGGAGAUCCACGCGCUGAGCCCGAUCGCCCCGCGGCAGGUGGCUCCUUGCGCACUUUUCCCACCCCCAGCCGCAGUUCUUCAUCGUCCCGCCGAUCAGUGCCAGGGGAGAAGCCGGUUCUCACGACCGGAGCCGGGACACCCACGCGCGACCAGCCAGACCCGAGUUUAAGGACCCGAGUCGUUUUGGUUUGAACAAAUCCUUCGUUUUGGUUUGAACAAAUCCUUCACCCCCCUCCGCCCGGGUUCCUGUUCCGAUUAUGGGGCUCCCGGAUUGAGGCACGAAGCAGGGGCGUGGGGGGGGGAGAGGUCUCCCCUACCCGCGCGAGAGGAAGACGGAAGGAAAAGAAAACCCGCCACGCGGGUUUCUCCAGCCCAGCUUGCAGAAGAUCGUACGGAUUUAACUGCCACCCCGGGGAAGAUGCCGUUCGCCGGAUGGGCCCUGAGUCUCGCCGUCUUGUGCGAAGUUGCCUUUGGACUGUACUUUCCCCGGAAGACAUAUCAUGAAAACGUUUACCUUGAACAACCGGAAGGGACACCUUUAUUACAACUCCAUGCCUUAAAAGAUUCGGAAGAGGAGGAAGCUUUCUUUUGUCUAGUCCCAGAUUCCUUUGGAACGGGGUCCAAAAAUCUAUGGUUUCAGAUUGGCGAGAGAACGGGACUCCUGUACCUCAACAAGAGUCUGGAUAAAGAAGACUUCAUUGUCCUUUCUUCGGGAAGUCCCGUGGCCAAAGUCGUGCUCCGCGUUUUCCUCUCUUCCAAACCUUUCCAGGCCAAAAACUGUCUGGGCUCGUCGGCUAUGACGUUGGUCAAACUCUCGGUCAUCAAUGGCACCGUGCCGGAGUGCAGCUCUGCAACAUCAAGCCGGCUCUGUUUUCCUGCCAUGGAUCUCUCUUUUCACAUCAUGGAGAAUAAACCCCCGGGAAUCUUUCACCAGCUCCAGUCCUUUGCCCUGCAGUACCAAUGUCACAAUAUCAGCAUUUCCUACAAGCUCAUCACAGAUGAGAACCUGCCCUUUUAUUAUAACGAGGAGACCACCGCCGUAGGAGUCUCCAAACCCCUCGACCGAGAAGAACGAGAAAAGUACGAGAUGUUGGCUCAGUGCACCUUGAAGGAAGGCUCCCAAGAGACGUUCAGAGAGGUCCCUCUGCUCAUCCAUAUUCUGGAUGAAGACGACAUGCCUCCUUUUCUAUCCAAUGGGACCAGCACAACAGACGCCGUAGUGGAGUUCAAAAGAGAAGAGGGUACCGUCUUGGCAGCAUUAUCAGUCCUGGAUACAGACACAACUCCUAUCUACCCUGUAGAUACCAGCAGGAAGAAAUACACAGGCACCAUAAAUUCAUCAGAUCCCUGGAUACAGGAAACAUUUCGUGUGGACCAUCUCUUCCACGAGAUCUAUUUCCACCCAAACGGCAGCCAAGUGCGGGGCACGCAACACGAAUAUAAGUUGAUACUAAACAGGACCGUUUCCAUUAUGGAAAGCCGUUCCAUCCUGCUGGAAGUCAUUGUGAAUGACACAACGUACCAGGGGCCCGACAAAUCCUUGACGCUUCACUUCAACGUCUCCAUCCUCCCAGUCUCCAUCCGGUUCUCAAAUCCGACGUAUCAGUUCACGGUGAACAGAAAUGCGGCCAACUUUUCACAAAUAGGGAAACUCUGCAUUGACAACUGCAUGAAGUUUUACGGCGUCAGCAUCACGUACAGCUUAGAGAGCCCAAAUGUUAGCUGCUAUGCGGUGGAGGUGGCUCCGAGCCACGAUGACAAGUAUGGAAUUCUCUACGUGAACAAUUCCGCCGUGCUGCAGAACCCCGAGUGCAGAGAAAUCCACUACCCCGUGCUAGCUAAAGAGGAGUGGAGCGGAAAGGAAGCUUACGCUCAUCUUACCGUCGUGCUUGAAGGAUCACUUAUACAUAAUGAUAAGAACUGUCCAGACUCCUGUGCUACGAGCAAAAGGCGAUCAGAGUGUGAAGAAUGUGGAGGUGUUGGAGUUCUGAUGGGAAAAUGCCAGUGGAGGCAGGGAAGCGGGAAAGGAAUAACCACCAACUACUCCACCUGUACUCCAAGCGUCAAGACAUGUCCAGAUGGCCUUUGCGAUGCUGUAGAAAGCAAAGAUAAGAGAGUCUGCCCUCAAGAUUGCACAAGAACCAACAUUAUUGGAGGUCAUCAGAAAGGAAUCCUUGGAACUGGGAUCAAGGCAGGGCACGGCGUUUGUCACUGCUUUCCAGGAAUAAGCUGUUACUGUGCAAAAGAUGAUAUCAGGGAACCUUUUUGUGAUGAUAUGUGCAAAAUGGUGAUUGCGGGUGGUGUCGUGCUCUCCUUCAUUAUCUCGGUUGUCCUGUCUUCCUACUUCAUUCAUCGGUACCACAAGAAUGCGCCAAAAACACCCAUCGCCUCAGCGGAGAUGACCUUCCGGCGGCCGGCUCAGGCCUAUCCCAUCAACUACUCAUCCAAUAAUGUCCGUCGACCAUCGAUGGACUCCGAGAACCAAAUGUCAGUAGAUGCAUUUAAAAUACCUGAAGACCCUAAGUGGGAAUUUCCUCGGAAGAACCUGGUGCUCGGAAAGACUCUCGGCGAGGGAGAAUUUGGAAAAGUUGUCAAAGCGACAGCCUUCCGACUCAAGGGCAAAGCUGGCUACACCACAGUGGCGGUGAAAAUGUUGAAAGAAAAUGCUUCGUCAAGUGAGCUCCGAGAUUUACAUUCUGAGUUCAACCUUUUAAAACAAGUGAACCAUCCUCACGUCAUCAGGCUGUAUGGUGCUUGUAGCCAGGAUGGGCCUUUAUACUUAAUCGUGGAGUAUGCGAAAUAUGGCUCCUUGCGGAGUUUCCUAAGGGAAAGCCGGAAAGUGGGAACCAGCUACAUGGGAAGCGACACAAACAGGAAUUCCAGCUACUUGGACAAUCCAGAUGAACGGGCUCUCACUAUGGGCGACUUGAUCUCCUUUGCGUGGCAGAUCUCCCGUGGCAUGCAAUACCUUGCUGAGAUGAAGCUUGUUCAUCGUGAUUUGGCAGCCAGGAAUGUCUUAGUAGCCGAAGGGCGUAAAAUGAAGAUUUCUGACUUUGGUUUGUCUCGCGACGUUUAUGAAGAGGAUUCUUACGUCAAGAGGAGCAAGGGUCGAAUACCUGUAAAAUGGAUGGCCAUAGAGUCCCUCUUUGAUCACAUCUACACGACCCAGAGUGAUGUAUGGUCAUUUGGAGUGCUGCUAUGGGAGAUUGUGACGCUCGGAGGUAACCCAUAUCCAGGAAUUGCUCCGGAGAGGCUCUUUAACCUCUUAAAAACUGGUUAUAGAAUGGAGAAACCGGAAAACUGCAGUGAGGAAAUGUACAAUUUGAUGCUUCACUGCUGGAAACAGGAACCAGAUAAGAGGCCAACAUUUGCUGAGAUCAGUAAAGAAUUAGAAAAAAUGAUGGUCAAGAGCCGGGACUAUUUAGAUCUGGCCGCUUCCACUCCUUCGGACUCUCUGCUUUACGAUGAUGGACUCUCGGAAGAAGAGAUGCCCCUUGUGGAUUGUAAUAAUGUUCCCCUCCCUCGAACUCUUCCUUCCACAUGGAUUGAAAACAAACUCUAUGGCAUGUCAUACCCGAACUGGCCCGAAGAGAGCCCUGUUCCACUUGCCAGAAGCGACGGGCCUAAGGCUGUGUUUUCAAGAUAUGCAAAUGAUAGUGUUUAUGCUAACUGGAUGGUUUCACCCUCAGCGACCAAAUUUAUGGACAGAGUUUGAUAGUUAACAGUUACUUGGUGGAAGGUAACCGAUGCAGGAAGGGGUCUCCCCACCCCGUCCCCGUCCCCCGUGUCCAAAGAGUUGACUGUCCCCUUAGCUCAUUCUUUGAGUAGCAACAAUUGGUUGAAGCAAACAGGAAUUUCAAGGAAUGGGGAAAGUGUUCCCUUUACUUUUGAAAUUUACUUAAAUUUCAAUCGACUUUUUAGUUUCUCAAAUGCGUCCUCCCAGUUUUCCCUCUCGGAUGAUGAACACUGUCGCAGACUUUGGUCCCAACUCUCUAAAGUCCUAAAAAGGGGCAUCCAAAGAGGUUUAAAUGGGCUAAGAUGGUGGUCACAAUGACAAGGUCCAAUGGCAGCCAUUUUGAGUCCCCUUGACCUCUCUGGCAGAUGCCCGUAAUUAUUUUAGACUUUUUCUUUUCUUUUUUGCCUCCAAGUGUUCUCCAAGAAUUUUCUUUAGAUUUGAUGCAGCCAGUGGAUUUCUUGUUCCGAAUAACGUCGCAUUCCUGGAAACGGCUGUUUUAUGGGGGCGGUGAGCGAAAUCCUGUGGCUUCACUAGCGACUCCUGUUUCCUGUGGUCAUUGCUAUAUAAAAAAAAGGCAAAUUAAAGCAAGAAGCACAAAGUGGAAAAGCACUUGUUUUUUUGGUCCCCCCCCCCCAAAAUGCCUGAACUUAAUCUCACAUUAAGCAUUUGCGUUGAAUUGGCAGUAGGAAAUUGGUUUGGAAUCAAGAGCGAUAACGGACCCAAAAAUAACCCCCCAACAUUUUGGAAACCUGUAGUAAUGUACUGUUCUGUGGUUAUGAGGAAAAUAAGUGUUCUCUUUUUUUAAGAAAAAGAAAAGAAAAAGAAAAACUUAAAAAAAAUCAGGGUUAAAUUGUUCUUACCGUUAGCACAAUAGACUUUGAUAUCUUAGAAACUAGAAUAGAGACUCGAUCUCAGAAUACCCACCCAAUAUAAUUUGUUUUCCAUCACAUUCCUUCUGUUGUUUAUCUUAACGUGGGCUCCAGAUGUUUUGAAACAAAACUGGCAUAAAGAGGACCAGUUUAGUUUUGCUCCAUAAUUUUUUACUUCUUUCAUCAAAAAUUUUAUUUCUGCCACUCAUCCGGUACGGAUUCCCUCUUAACUGUGGCGAAUAAACUUCAAAUGCAUCAUUUGUAUCUGCAAAUCUUUUUCCCCAUCCCUAGACCAAAUGUCUGCCUUCCGCUUUUAAUUCCAUUUAAAACCGCUACAGUUUCUCAGUCUUUAGUUAAUAUUAGCAAGGAUUUUUCAAGUCUCACUGUUGGAAGAUCUGAAACCCCAGGGAUAGAUACUCUCAGAGACAAUCUUAACUGUUGGUCGUGAAAAAUUGACACUGACUUGAUGGUACACCAUCAUUCUCCUAUACUAUAGUCCGAACUGUGUUAAAGCAGAAAUCUUGGUUACGUUAACCACAGUUACUAAUUAGUAACCACAAAAUGUUUGGUUGUGAUGAAGACACAUAGUUUGAGAGGGGAAGGUGGCAUCCCCAGUAACUGUGAACCAAAGGUAACAGAAAAUGAGUGUUGAAUCUGCUGUUAGCCCCAACAGAAAUUUUAAUUUAUACAAUUCCUGUUUUUGUGUUAAAUGUGUGCAUAUGGUACACACUCUUGUCUCAUAUUUAAUCUUUACUCUCUCUGUGUUUGUGUUUUUUCCUCCUCUGUCAGUGUAGAAAAAAAAAAAUGUCUAAGGUUGUUGUCUUUUUUUCCAAAGAGUUAAAGCUAAAACCAGAUGUGAUGUUUUCAAUUUUGGCACAGUGUUUUCGGAAAUGGGCUGACUUUUACAGAGCUUUUUUGCAACGUGUAGCAGAAAGUGCAUUACAUGAUUGUGUAUUUUAUUAUUAUUAUUUUUGUUCGUCGUUUCACAAUUUCUAAAGAAUGCUGGAAUGUUAAUCCAACGUUUUUAUCCUUUUGGGAUACUCCUGCAUAUUCAAAAUAUACCAAAGCAUUGCUCAUCCCAUCUCUUCGGUUUCAGCUGAGUAAUUUUUUGCGUCUCCUUUUACGUGCUGCAAUUAUUUCAGAUUGAGUCAGAUUGCCAAAAAAACACAAUCACACCAGAGGGCUGAACACCUCCUUGGGAUAAUGUGGGUUUCAAAAUAAGCUACUUUUCAGAUGAAAAAAACAGGACGACAAUUUCUGUUCUGUAAACUAUUAUAUUAUGCAUUUGUGUUUACAAGGAAAAAAUAAUGUAUCUGUGUACACAGAUGUCCAACAGCUGUCAGUAUCCUGUAACAAGCAGUCAUCUCAA